AUGGCAGGAAGGAUUAACCCGGGACAUUACCACUUACCUUUGCCCUUUAACAAUCGUGACUUGAAUAAAGAUGCUAUUAAGAAGAAGUUGGAUGACAUUGAAUCGGACUUGGAGGCUCGAAAAGGCCGAACAGAAGACUUCGCCAUUCUCAACAUUAUCGGUCUUCUGAAAUACCGCCUCGAACGCUACAAAGAGGCCGAAAAGGAUUUUCGCGCCAUUCUCUCUCAGGACAGCUGCAACCUUAACGCUUUGGCUAACAUGCAGUUUCUGUUAAAGAAAGUAUAUAGGAAAGAAGAAGGCGGAAUAUUUCAGAGCAAAUUAAAUGCGUACCUAAGUGAAUCCACGGAGGACUCCAUCAGAAUGAAAGCAAGGUGCCUAGCAGAGCAGGCAUAUGCUUAUGCUUGCGAUAUGCACACAGAUAACGCUGGUAGAGAACGAUAUACAGAAUCUAGUGACAUCUUCCAGAAGGCUCUUGACCUUGGUGGUGACCUGAUAGAUGCAGCAGAAAUAGACAUUUGGAAAUUUUGCAUGGCCAAGAAUGCGCACAAGCUCUUCGACAAGUUCACAUACGGAGAAGAUUAUCCCUAA